AAGCCCCCCCACCAUUUAACAAUUGCAGCUUUGAAUUACACAGCAUUUUCUUUCCCCUCUCUUUUCUCUCUCUUUCCUCCCGUUCCUCUCUGCAUCGAUCACUGCACGAUCCCUUGCCACUUCGCUCAUCUUGGCCUUUUGAAUCCGUUGGUCGACGCAGACGAGGAAAGAGAGGAAGCUUGAAACAUGUCCUACUCGGAUUCUGACUCGUCGUCUUCUGGUGGCGAGUACAAGAAUUUCAGACAAAUCACUCGUGAACGAUUGCUGCAAGAGAUGCUUCGGUUUGCCAGGACUGGAAACUCGAAAUCAACUUGGAAGGUACUCAUCAUGGACAAACUUACUGUAAAAAUAAUGUCUUAUGCCUGCAAAAUGGCUGAUAUCACACAGGAGGGAGUUUCAUUGGUAGAAGACAUAUUUAGACGUAGGCAGCCAUUGCCUUCCAUGGAUGCAAUAUACUUCAUCCAACCAACCAAAGAGAAUAUUGUCAUGUUUUUGUCAGACAUGUCUGGAAGAUCGCCUUUAUAUAAGAAGGCUUUCGUUUUCUUCAGUUCACCCAUUUCAAAAGAGCUGGUUAUGCAUAUCAAGAGGGAUACAACUGUGUUGCCUCGCAUUAGUGCACUGAGAGAGAUGAAUUUGGAAUACUUUGCAAUAGACAGCCAGGGUUUUGUUACUGAUAACGAGAGGGCUCUGGAGGAACUUUUUGGGGAUGAGGAAAAUUGUCAUAAUGGCGGUGCAUGCUUGGAUGUAAUGGCUACCCGCAUUGCUACAGUCUUUGCUUCUUUAAGGGAAUUUCCUUUCGUGCGUUACCGUGCUGCCAAGUCUCUUGAUGCAAUGACAAUGACAACCUUUCGUGAUUUAAUUCCUACAAAACUUGCUGCUGGAGUAUGGAAUUGUUUAAUGAAAUAUAAGCAAACAAUUGAACACUUUCCACAGACUGAAACUUGCGAGUUAAUCAUCCUUGACAGAUCUGUGGACCAGAUUGCUCCCAUCAUACAUGAGUGGACAUAUGAUGCCAUGUGCCGUGAUUUACUAAAUAUGGAAGGGAAUAAAUAUGUGCAUGAGGUUCCAGGCAAAGCAGGUGGGCAACCGGAGAAGAAAGAAGUUCUCUUGGAGGAACAUGAUCAUAUUUGGUUAGAGCUUCGCCAUGCACAUAUAGCAGAUGCUAGUGAAAGAUUGCAUGAGAAGAUGACCAACUUUGUAUCUAAGAAUAAAGCUGCACAAAUUCAACAUGGUUCGAGAGAUGGUGGUGAACUUUCUACGAGGGACUUGCAAAAGAUGGUUCAAGCAUUGCCUCAAUAUAGCGAGCAAAUUGACAAGCUGUCCCUCCAUGUCGAGAUUGCGGGAAAAAUCAACAGAAUUAUUAGGGAGCAGGGGCUUCGAGAACUUGGGCAGCUAGAGCAGGGCCUUGUUUUUGGUGAUGUAGGAAUGAAGGACGUAAUUAAAUAUUUGAGUUCAAAAGAGGAUGCAACUCGUGAAAAUAAGCUACGCUUGUUGAUGGUUCUUGCAGCAAUUUAUCCUGAGAAGUUUGAUGGUGAAAAGGGCCAAAACUUGAUGAAGUUAGCGAAAUUACCACCUGAUGAUAUGAAUGCCGUAAAUAAUAUGAGAUUGAUAGCACCACCAGCAGAUGCUAAAAAAGGUUCCAGUGGAGCAUUCACUCUUAAAUUUGACAUUCAUAAGAAGAAGCGGGCAGUGAGGAAAGAUCGAACUGGUGAAGAAGAAACGUGGCAGUUGUCACGCUUUUACCCCAUGAUAGAGGAACUUGUUGAAAAACUUAGCAAAGGGGAACUCUCAAAGGACGAUUAUCCAUGUAUGAAUGACCCAAGCCCAUCUUUCCAUGGAACAUCCCAUUCUGCAUCAGCAACUCAAGCUUCUGGUGCUCAUUCAAUGAGAUCAAGGAGAACACCGACAUGGGCUCGGCCUCGGAACUCUGAUGAUGGGUACUCAAGUGACUCCGUGCUAAGACAUGCAUCUAGUGAUUGCAAGAAGAUGGGGCGACGCAUAUUUGUAUUCAUUGUUGGUGGAGCUACAAGAUCUGAGCUAAGGGUUUGUUACAAACUUACUACGAAAUUGAAGAGGGAAGUUGUUCUAGGCUCAUCAAGUCUUGAUGACCCCCCUCAGUUUAUAACGAAACUGAAGCUGCUGACUGCACAUGAACUCUCAUUGGAUGAUCUCCAGAUAUGAUAUAACUAAACUUGACAGAGUGCAAAAAUGGGAAUUGUGCUUUGAUAGUCUCGAAUAGAUUUGUAUACCAACCAAACUAUUUCAUUCUAAUCCAUUUUUUAGUAGUGAAUGUAAAGCUUGGCGCUUGAUAACAGUGGCUGUUGCAUAUUUGGGGCCAUUGCAUCUAGUGUCUUAAUCGGCAUAGGUUUUGGAGUUAUGAUUUGUGUAUUCUAAGCAGUUUGUUCAAAUCCAGUGUAUAAUAUGUACUCUAUGUAAUAGGAAGAACAAUCCAUUGAACCUUAAGUUCCGAAAGUA